AUGCGUUUCCAGGCUACCAUUGUUGCUUUCGCUGCCUCGCUCGCCUUCACUGGCGCGCAGGAUCUGUCUCAAGUCCCCCAGUGCGCUCUUCCUUGCUUGAUCUCUGCCGUCCCCGCCUCAGGAUGCGGUCCUACCGACAUCACCUGUCAGUGCACCACUGGCGCUGCCAAGAUCGCCGAGUCCAUCCAGGGCUGCCUUCCCAAUGCUUGCAACGGUGAAGACCAAGCCAAGGCUCAAGCUGCCCUCGGUGGCAUCUGCGCCGGCUCCGGUGUCGCUGUCUCUGGUACCGCCACCCCCGUCGCCUCACCUAUGCCCUCCAUGGGACCUAGCGCCAGCUCUGGCAUGGGUUCUCCCAUGGCCUCUGGCUCUCCUAUUCCCUCGGGUAACAGGACCAGCGGUAUGCCAUCCGCCACCGGAUCUGCUCCUCCCCAAGUCUCCACCGCCGGUGCCGCUUCCCACUUUGCUGGUCUCGGUGCCGUUGCCCUGGGUCUUGCUGCUUUCGCUUUGUAG